GGAGCGCGAGCGUUACUGAGCGGUCAGCUCCUGAGGUCUGUUUAGUUGAGGGGCCUUGAACACUGUCGAGUUCUUUCUCAGAAGAGGAUUAUGGAUAUCCUGUUCAACACUGAACAGCAGCACAGCACAACUAAAAUCCAUCUACAUGAUCACGGUAUACGAAUCAUACGAUAACGAUACGAUGAUGCACUCCUGAACUCUUUCUACACGUCUCUCCUUCUGACUGUUCAGGUUUAGAAAACGAAAAUGAAGACAUGUAACGCCGGUUUUAAAGACUGCUCUUCUUCAUCUAAAGAUUUAAAUGAGGUCAGUUAGAAUCACUAGAUGUGCUAGUCAUCGCUGAGGUCUGUUUGGGUGUGCGGCGCUGGGCAGCUGUGCUGAAGAGGAUGAGCGCUGAGAGCUCUGUGGAGUCCAGCAGCCCCAGCAUGAGGACGGGCUCGGCGUCGGAUGGGACGCAUCCCGGAUUAAUGGACACUCCGACUGGCUCUGGAAGCCAGGACAGUGCGCCCAGCAAAGGCAAAAGGAGCAGCUCGGGAUUGCGGCGCCCCGAAAAGCCGCCCUUCUCCUACAUUGCGCUGAUUGUGAUGGCGAUCCAGAGCGCACCGACAAAGCGGCUCACCCUGAGCGAGAUCUACCAGUUCCUGCAGACGCGCUUCCCUUUCUUCCGAGGCUCUUACCAGGGCUGGAAAAACUCCGUUCGACACAAUUUGUCUCUAAAUGAGUGCUUCAUUAAGUUGCCCAAAGGCCUGGGGCGCCCUGGAAAAGGCCACUACUGGACCAUCGAUCCUGCGAGUGAGUUCAUGUUCGAGGAAGGCUCCUUCCGGCGGAGACCGCGGGGAUUUCGGAGAAAAUGUGAAGUCCUGAAGCCCAUGUACCGCAUGAUGAAUGGCCUCGGGUUCACUUCCGCCAUUUUACCCCAAAACUUUGACCUGCAGUCUCCAACGUGUCACGCUAAUGGCUACAACCUAGACGUGAUGUCAGGAUCCGUGUCUGGUGGCGGGUAUGACCCCCUGAAAAUUGGCCAUUAUGGACACAUGGCGAACUGUCCACUACCGACAAAUGGAAACUAUGGAGCAAACAGCAGCAGUCCAGUCUCCUCUUGCCCUACAGGCAGCUCGAUUGAGGGCCAUUCACAGUAUUCUGGGACAGCUCACCACUGGCCUUCCUCUGCUUACCUAAAGCGCACUCCUAUUAGCUCUGGAAGUCCAGGGUCCUCUGCACAACAGCAAAGUACAUCAUCAUUAUCUUCAUCCUACUCGAUGGAGCAAGCCUACCUGCAGCCGAGCAGCAGACACAGUGCAGACAUGACAGUGGGUGUAUCUUGCUAUCAGGCCCAUUCCUCUCCACUGGAUGAACGCAAAGACUUUGUGUUAAACUUCAGUGGAAUCUCAGCUCUCCAUCCGCCUGCUAGUGGAUAUUAUUCUCAUCACCAUCAUCAUCCUCAUCAUCCUCAUCCUCAUCAGCAGCAGCAGCAUGUUCAGCCGAGUGUUCAGCAGGACAUCAAGCCGUGUGUAAUGUGAAGGAGUUAUUCAAACCCGGUAUUAAAAUUCCUAGUCUACAGUCUGAACCUGAAGAUCCUCUCAUCCCACACACCCAAGCCAAGCGAUCAGCUGAUUAGCAAACCUUCAGUGUUUUUUAUUCUUCUUUGACUUGUGCAGUGGGGUUGAGGCAGUGAUGUCUAUAAGGCUGCUUUGAGGAAACCUGUAUUAUGUUAUUAAUAUUCUGUUCUGUUCAUUCAUGAGUUGGCACAAGUGUUUAGGGCAGGGGAAACAUCUACCUGUGCAGAGCAGGAACUGAGUUGAGAUCUCCUAAGCAACGAUUUAUUAUUUGAGAACACGCAUAGUGCUUGCAGAAAACUGUCACAGCUGUCGUCACUAAUGUCACGUUUGUGUGGGGGGCGGGGCUAUGACCACUUUACCACUUUACAGUCUAAAUGUAUACUCCAUAAUAAAAUGCAGCGUAUAAAGAAACCAUAACAUUCUUAUUUCUUACGUUGUAUUAUUGUUAAU